AUGAAUCAUGGCAGUAUUUUAUAAUGACGUCUGCUGAUUCAUCCGUUCUUGUUAAUCGUCGCGAGGAAACGUCAGGCGCUGCUGUCAAAGGACACAUUAAACUUGAAGAUGGUUUGAACAUAAGGGAUCUUCUAGAUCUAAAGGAUGCAUUCCUUGAUAUAACUGAGGGAAGAUCAGAUAAAAUAUCAUACUCUGAAUUUAGAGAGGCAUGUCAGACAAUACUUGGAUCAACUCAUGAAGAGCAAUUGAAAGAACUCUACCUGCAAGUAGAUGUGGCAGGAGAAGGUCAUAUUGACUGGGACAUGUUCUGUUCUCAUCUUCUGCGGCAGUUUUAUGAAAAAGAUGAUAAAAUGAAAGCAACAAAG